UCUCCCUCGGCCUUCAUGGACCUUUACAAUCACUAGAACCUUGAUCUUUUCUCGCUCACAGACAGUUUCGUUGCUUGCACUUCAUCUGUACCGCGCACAUUUUUCUGUCUCUUUUUCAAGUCCCCUCUAUAGGCUCAUAGCUGCAGCUUAAAACUGCGCAGUCCAGCAUGGCAUGUGUUCCUUCUCCUACCGCGACCCAGUUCACGACCAUUUUGUCCACGAGCACGUUUACUUCGACGCCAGAGAGUGUGCAGACCAUUUCAGGAUCCGCAGUUGUGUUCGCGGUCGAGACAUGUUUGUCUUCGCUUAGCGGUGCAUGUGUCGCUAGUACCGCCAUCUCGCAAACAAGUCAGGCAGCAGGUGCUCUGUCAACGAUUAGAUCCCCAGUUGUUGUCACCGAAAUAAUAACGGAGAUUGUACCUACACUCACGCUAUUCGCGAGCUGUACUCCGACACAGGUCACAUCCACCACCGUCUCCUCUUCCACACCUAUCACCACCUCAUCUGCCUCGAGUGCUAGUAGCCAAAUCGACACUUCCUCGUCGGCGUCCUCUUCCAUCGUCUCAUCGAGUCUUUUAACUAGUGCUGAUGCCUCUUCACCGACCACGACGCCCUCGCCCUCGUCGUCUUCUACCCCAGAGCAAACGUCUAGCAUUCUCGCCAGCCUGUCCGCUGCAGCGCUUACCUCUACCCUUACAAUCACCCCCUCCUCAUCAGAUGCGUCAUUAGCAUCCGCCGCAGCACAGCCCAGCCGAACUACCCAACAGGAUAGCACCUCCCACUCAUCGAGCAAUCUAGCUC